GUUCGCGCACAGUGUUUUUGUUAGCGAGAAAAUAUGUGAAGUUCACAAGAAGGCGAAACUUCAGAGGAGGGACAAAUUUUACCAAAAUUUCCAAUUCAGAAAUUUAAUUUUUGGCUUUAAAUAUAUUUCAAAUGUUGAACUAAAUAACUGUAAUAAUUUAAGACAGAAGAAAAUUCGUAAAUAAAUGGAAAUCUGCUCCAAAAUCGAUUGAAUUAAAGAAAACAAAGACGACGGCCAUCUUUGUUUUGGAUUUUCUUCGGAAAACAAGAGAUUUAGUAGGUCAAGACUUUGGACCAGAUUUUUUAAAAUAAUAGUAUGACUUGGUCAGGCGAUAUGAAACCAAGAGAAGGAAGACGGCAUAACAGAAGACAGCGCUACAAUAGUAAUAGCAGUUCAAGGGGAUCUCCUUCACCAAAAUUACUUGAAGACAGGACAAGUCCUGUUCAGAGCACAGUAUUACCACUAAGACUAACGCUCGCACCACAGAGAAUUUCCCCACCACCUCGUCUUGCAGACAGUUGUAUGUCCAGAUCACCAUCUCCCCUGGAAAAUGCAUAUGCAGGGGCAAAAUUCAGUGACCCACCAUCGCCGGAGUUGCUGCCAAAACCCCCAUCUCAUUGGAUGACAUUUGGACAGUUGGAAUCAGGGAACUGUAAUGACAUGGCUAGUCAGUUAAAGACACUGCUUAAAGUCGCUGCUCAGGCGUAGCUAGACCAACAAUGAUUUUGUUUUAGGUCAUUCCAGUCAUAUCAUUGAUCAGUUUUUGUACAACAUUGCUCAUGGAUCAGUAUUACGUCAUAAUCAUUACAGAUUUCAUGAGUUCUGUUAUGCAUUUUUCAUAAUCAUGUUCAUUAUUGUAAUUUGAAUCGUAACUAUCUGGCUAUUGAUUGUUAUUUCUUUCUAUCUUUACAUGCAGUUUUAGAUAAUGUCAGAACAAACAUGGGCAUGCAUACUUCAUCACACUUUUAUUCUUUGGGUGUGUUAUAUUAAGGCUUUCAAGCCUUACAUUUAGUGUGUUACAAUCUUUUCAUUUGCUAGUUUCCAUCUUCUUUCUGGGGCGAAGUACUUGAGUAGUUUUUUUAUAUAAAAAAAAUAAAUUACAUUUUUUUUGCAUCAACUUCUUUUAAAAAGAGCAACUUAACCUUUUGAUUUACUUUUGGCAUAUCAUGGCGUUAAUAUAGUGGUUAUUGUAACAAGUUACAAAAUGAGCAGCACCAGAUUGGAGAUUGAUGUUUGCAAGUGAUCCUUCUGCAACAUUCUUUAAUAUUUUAGAUAAACAUCAUCUUUAUGAUGCAAAUUUGAAUAACUAAAUAAAGUGGGGGUAAUUGCAUAUUCAAUCAUUUUUCAUGCCCAUUUUUGUUCUAACUAAAUUUUAUCAGUUUUAAUACACACACUUUUUAAACCUCUUACUGGGAUCUUUUGAUGACAUCCAAAACAUGUUGAAUUUUAACUGUAUAUACAUUGGAUGGGUCUUGUUCGGUGAUACUCUGAUGCUGCAUUGUUAUCACAGACAUUAUAGUGCAAUAUGUUUGUACAAAGUAAUGCCAAAUAUUUGUAUAUACGAAUAUUUUUAUGUUUAUUUUUUUUAAAUAUUUUAUCUGAAACUCUGUUUUUUAGGUAUGGUGCAUUUAUUGCUAUAAAUACGCACAAUGGUUAGAAUUUACUGUGUAAUAGUUAAUUGUUAAGAUAAGUUUGGCAAUGAAAGAUGCUUGAUUAAUAUUAAGACAAAUUAGUGUUUGUGUCCGUUUUUAAGGACAAACAUGGGAUAAGCCUUUAAAAGCAUGUUAAGUGUUAAUAGAGAAGGAAUUGAAUUAAAUGUAUUUUUAAGUCAUUGAGAGGUUUAUUAGUAGGGAUUAGGGUUAGAGAUGUUUUACUAAAAAAAAAGUUAUAUUUUGCUGUAAUGCAAAAUUACCUCAUAGAAUGUGAGAUUGUGCUAAGGUAUGGAUUGUUAUUACAAGCAAGAGUUGAAAAGUAAUGUUGAAGGAAUUGCGUACAUAUUUGAAUUUUGAAAUUUUUGUUGUUGAAAUUGAAAUGAUUUCUUUUUAUUAUGCAUGAAAAAAAUGUUAGUGUGCUAGAUCUGUAUUUUAUAUGGCAGUCAACUGUGUGAAUUUAAACUUUUUUUUUUUUUUUUUUAAAUUUAAACUUUUUUUUUUUGACAAUGGAAAUCCUAGUUUUUGUAUAUUUUUAUUUCUGGAAAAUUUUUGACAAAAUUACUUAUUUAUUAUUUAAACAGAAACAACGUUAUCAGACAUGAGAAACACAAUGUUGGCAGUGAUAUAGAUAUGAACUAUUUGUGCUUUUAUAGACUAUUUACAAAUAUAUGUUGCAUACACACCAUAUCCAGGAAUUUAGAUGGUCAAGUAACUUUAAACAUUUGAAAAACAUUUUUGAUUUCUUUACGGCUUUGAAUACACAAAGAAUUUUACAAAUUUCAAACAUUUUAUUUUUUUGGGAAAACCCUUGGUUAAACAUAUUUGAAUGACUGAAAAUUCCUGGAUUGUUGUGAAAUAAACUGAAGUUAUGAUGUAUUUUAAUCAAGAUCUAUUUUUGUUUGAAAUUAUGAUGCAAUUACCACUUGUGUAUUAAAAAUUACUGAAUGAAUUUACAUGAAAUCAAAUGAUUGUAUUCUUACAUCAGACAUUUGUAUAGAUUUAUUCAUUAUAGUUUUACAUAUUUAUUGUUGCAUUUGGCUUAAUUCUCAAGGCUGUAAUAUCAAAAAUUAUCUUCUUUUAUUUCUGUUUACGAAAUGGGUUUAAGAUGUUCUUUUAUUUCUGUUUACGAUAUGGGUUAAGAUGCUGGGUUAAGUAACUUUCAAACAGUAUUUCAUUUGGAAGAGGGGCGGGGGUAAACUAAAGCCUUGACUAAGUGCCAAGCUCGUAACUUCAGUUUCUUGUUUUGUGCUCUAAAAUUGUGAUAUGUAGUAAUAAUGUAUUUUGCUUAAACAUAUGACGGUUUAAGAACAAUUGUUUUUGCAUGUUUUAAGUGUAAAUUAUCUUCGGGUAAAAAUUGUGCUGUUAAAUAAUCUAUUAACAACACACACAUAUAAAUACCAUAUGACUUGCAAAGAGAAAGGUCUUGAUGUUAACGUUUUUUUGGACAGUUUGUUACUUGAGACUAAGAAUAGUGUAAUGUUUUAACUUACCACUCAAAUGGUAUUUAGAAAUUCAAUUGUAUAUAAAAUUAUUGUUAUUAUGGAAAAAAAGUGUCAUAUGUAACAUUGUAAAUUCAGCUGUGUAUAGAUGACUGAGCACUUUCCUUCUGUGAUUAAGAAUUUUUAAUAAAUAGGGCAGUCACGAUAAACUUGAUCUCUUUAAGAGAUUCCACAACAGAUACGUAUUUGACUGUGCCAGACGUGUUCAAUUAUUUGUACAUUAGAACUGUGUAUGUUACAAUAACUGUUAUAACACCAAGACAAGUGUGCAUAUUCAGGGAUUACACCACACUUCAGAUCAUCAUUGAAUUCGAGACCACAGUUUUUCAUCAGGGAUUUAAACAGUGGGAACAUGUUUCUCACAGAGACAGCAGUAUGACGGGUGUCAAACACCCAACUCUGCAUAUAUUCAGAAGGUCAAGCACCUUCAAAAGUGAUGAAAACUACAAUGAAGAUAUCACAUGGACGAUUGGAGAUCAAAGCCUUCAGGUUUAAAAAUGGCUACACGUUAUGGAUCUCGGACAGAAAGGAAGAUUUUUAAUGAAAGUGCAACUAAGGAUAGAUAUUGGACAGUUUCAUAAAAGUAAGAUUACCUAUGAAAUAUGUGAUAUUGGAUGAGUUGACCAAGAAAAUGAUCUCAAAACAGUAGAUUAUACUGUGAUUAUCAUGACAAGCCCAGACGCUUGCCAUCAUAGAAACUGUGCUACUUUUAACAAGUGUGCAAAAAGAGCAACGCUAUUAGCUCUUAACUUUGACCUCGGUCUCAACGAUCUGUUUAAUCAGACAUGAUGUACUGUUAUUUAUGUGCGAGAAUUUUUUGUGAUAAAACAGAGUUUCAUUAUAUUUUCAAAAUUUGAACUAUGUACAGACCCGUGAACAAUGCAGCUACAGAGUUCCCCACCAUCACCAAUCCAGCCGGUAUCAUCACAACAUCCCAGUGUUCCUGUCGUCGACAUCUCCGACAACUUUCUUCUUUCCAGACAACUUCUCUUCUUUCUUUCCUAUCGGGUCCCCUCCAGGAUCCACAAA